CAACAUGAUGUCAACAUUAACAAAAUGAUAUGCAAACAAAAAAAAUGAAAAAAAUGGCUAUUGAUAAAUGUAAUAGUAAUCAUCAUCAUCAUCGUAGAACAUUGGGUGAUGAUAAUGAUGAUAAUAAUUUCUGGCCAUGGACAUUGAAUGGUCGACCACCGCCGCCACCACCACCACCAACAACAACAACAACACAAUCAUCAUCAAUGAAAACAAAAAGAACGUUAAUAUGUCAACCAUCAAAUCAUCAACAAAUGUCAUCAACAUUAUUAUGGAUAUUUUUAAUAUUUAUUCUAUCAUCAUGUCAACAUAUAUCAACAUUUCAGAACAUGACAAAACAACAUUUGUCAUCAUCGCCAUCAUCAUCAUCAUCAUCACCAUUGAUGAAUAUUGUGAAUAUAACCACCGUCUCGACAGCAAAUUCAUCAAAAAUGACAAAAAUUCUAGUCAAAAAUCCAAAUAAUAAUGAUACUUUGAUCGUAUCAUCACCAUCAUGUUCACAUCAUCUAUAUUCACGACAUAAACAUCUUCAUUCUCAUCAUCAACAACAAAAAUCCAUGAUAAGACAUGAUAGUCAU